GUGCGGUUUUGGAUGUAUCCAUCCGGUUCCCCUGUCCCGACACGCCAGCAUUUUGGCUCGCCAACUUUUCGCUGGCCAAAGACCUUAAACUCAAAGAUCACCGCCAUGGACGCGUCUGAGCUGCCUUGGCACGGCAACGCGUUCCCAGUGGACCUCUCGCAGUAUCGCCAGGUGGCCAUCGACCCCUGGCAGACGGAGACUUUGAGCGCGCAGGACUCGGCGGCUUUGAGCGCCAACAUCGAGCUCUGCAGAGAUGCCUUGGUUUGCUUCACCUCCCUCGGUGGCGCCUCCGGCUACGGCGGGCACACAGGAGGCGCUUUUGAUAUGAUGCCGGAGGUUUGCCUCCUGGAUGCCUUCUUCCGAGCCUGCCCAGACAAGUUUGGCGAGGGCGACUUGAGCGAUGGCUGUCGUAAGGUGCCGACCUUCUUCGACGAGGCGGGGCACCGGGUGGCCACGCAGUAUCUCUUCUCGGUGCUGCACGGGCACAUGCCCGCGGCCAGGCUGCUGGACUACCGCGUGGGUGGCAAGGCCCUGCCGGGGCAUCCUGAGCUGGGCCUUACGGAGGGCAUCGGCUUCAGCUCGGGGCGCCUGGGGCACAUGUGGGGCCACGUGAACGGCGUGAGCCGGGCGCAGCCAGGCCGGGUGAGCUGCUGCUUCAGCUCCGAUGGCUCGCAGAUGGAGGGCAACACCGCGGAGGCGGCGCGCCUCGCGGUGGCGCAGAACUUGCCGGUGAAGCUGUUUAUCGAUGACAACGAUGUGACCAUCGCCGGGCACCCGUCCUCCUACAUGAAGGGCUUCAACGUAGGCCGGACGCUGGAGGGCCAAGGCAUGACCACGGAGGACGUGGAUGGCGAAAGCUUGGAGAAGUUGUACGCGGCCAUGCGCCGUGCCGUGAUGCAUGAGGGCCCGUACGCGGUGGUCAUCAAGAGGAAGAUGUGCCCAGGAGUGCGCGACCUUGAAGGCUCCAACGAGGGCCACGACGCCAUGCCUUUGGCCCACGCCGUGCAGUACUUGGAGUCCCGGCAGCUGCACGCGGCGGUGGAGCUGCUGAAGAAGGUGCCCAAGGCAAAGGACCCCGGGCACUACCCCCUGGCAGGAUCCUUCGGCGCACCGCGCCAGGUCUUCGGAGACGCAGUGGCCAGCAUCCUCACCAAGAUGUGCCCAGAGGAGCGGAAGAGGCGAGUGCUGGUGGUGGACAGCGAUCUCGAGGGCUCCUGCGGCUUGAAGAAGGUGGGCCAAACCUGUCCGGAGGUGUACCUGAAGGGCGGCAUCAUGGAGCGCGGGAACUUCUCCGCCUGCGCCGGCUUCGGCACCGAAGGCCGACAGGCGGUCUUCGGCACCUUCGCGGCCUUCCAGGAAAUGAUCCUCAGCGAGGUCACCAUGGCACGGCUGAACCACAGCAAUGUGCUGUGCCACUUCAGCCAUAGCGGCGUUGACGACAUGUCCGACAACACCUGCCAUUUCGGGGUGAACAACUUCUUCUCCGACAGUGGCUUGGACGCCCACGACACCAAGGGCCACGCGACGCAUCUCUUCUUCCCGGCGGACGUGCGCCAGACGGCCAAGGUGGUGGACAAGAUCUUUUGGAUGCAGGGCCUCCGCUUCAUCUACACCACACGCUCCAAGGUGCCAGAGAUCUUGGACGAGGAGGGCAAGCCGGUCUUCGGGGAGGAUUACACCUUCGAGCUGGGCAAGGACGACCUCAUCCUGGGCGGCGCCUGCGACGGCUACGUGGUGUCCUACGGGGACGCCCUCUACCGUGCCAUGGAUGCUGUGGGCCGCCUGCGACGGGCGGGGCUGAAGGUGGGCCUGGUGAACAAGUGCCAUGGCAACGCUGUGGAUGAGGAGAUGAUGCAACGCCUCUGCCAUGCCAAGUUCGUGCUCGUGGCCGAGUCCCAGAACGUGCGCACCGGCCUGGGCCUGCGUAUGGGCUGCUGGCUGCUGGAGCGCGGCUUCGGCGGGCGCUUCGGGCGCUGCGGUACGCACCGCGAGGGCUGCGGCGGGACGUGGGAGCAGGCGCACCACCAAGGCUACGACCCUGCCUCGGUGGUCACCAAGAUUCUGGAUCUGGCACAUGCCGCCGGAAUAGGCAAUCACUCGCAGUUCAUGGUCGAGGGCCAUAAGCACCGCGCCAUCGCAAGGCCUCUGGGCGCGGGUUGGGCAUCGGAGACGGCGGAGACGGUGAAGGUGGCAAGCUGAGCUGCUGGAAGUGGACCUGGCUCCGCUUUCGGCCGAAGCGACUGGAGGUUUGCUUCGGCGGCGGCGCAGUGGCGCAGUUUUGGGAAACUCACUCCCUGAGUGAAGAGCCCGAGCCUUGUCCUGGGCCGGGGCCACUGGUGCCGCAACAAGGCACCAGUCGAACCCAAGAGUUUCCAGUCUCGCGGUGUGCCAAUGCAGCACGCCGCUUGUCUUUGCAGUGUCCAUCUGGGAAGG